AUGAUUCUCUCUAAAACCCUAAUCCGACGAUCUUUCUCGACCUUCGCUUCUUCUCCUUCAGAUUCCCUUCUCGCCGACAAAGCUUUAACCAUUCUCAGACGCCACCCUUACCAACUACAAUACCUCUCUGCAAAUUUCACUCCAGACGCAGCCUCUAAUCUUCUCCUCAAAUCUCAGAACGAUCAGGAAUUGAUCCUAAAGUUCCUGAAUUGGGCGAAACCUCAUCAAUUCUUCACCCUCCGUUGCAAAUGCAUCACUCUCCACAUCCUCACCAAAUUCAAGCUCUACAAAACCGCUCAAACCCUCGCGGAGGAUGUCGCCACCAAAACCCUAGACGAAGAAGAUGCUUCUCUCGUCUUCCGAUCGCUACAAGAGACCUACGAUCUGUGCGGUUCCACUUCCUCCGUCUUCGAUUUGGUAGUGAAAUCUUACUCCCGCUUGAGUUUGAUCGAUAAGGCUCUGAGUAUCAUCCAUCUCGCUCAAUCUCAUGGCUUUAUGCCUGGAGUUUUGGCGUACAAUGCUGUUUUAGACGCUACGAUUAGAUCCAAGAGAAACAUCAGCUUCGCUGAGAAUGUGUUCAAAGAAAUGCUGGAAAGUCAAGUUUCUCCGAAUGUCUUCACUUACAAUAUCUUGAUUAGAGGGUUUUGCUCUGCUGGGAAUUUAGAUGUUGCUCUGCAGUUUUUCAAUCUAAUGGAGAAGAAAGGUUGUUUGCCUAAUGUUGUCACUUACAACACAUUGAUCGAUGGGUAUUGUAAGCUGCGUAAGAUCGAUGAUGGGUUUGAGCUUCUGAGAUCAAUGGCGUUAAAGGGUUUAGAGCCUAAUCUGAUCUCUUACAAUGUCGUCAUUAACGGGUUAUGUAGAGAAGGGAGGAUGAAAGAGACGAGCUUGGUACUCACGGAGAUGAACAGGAGAGGGUUCUCUCUUGACGAAGUCACUUACAACACACUUAUUAAAGGGUAUUGUAAAGAAGGUAACUUUCACCAAGCUCUUGUCAUGCACGCAGAGAUGCUUAGACAUGGGUUGUCUCCUAGUGUCAUCACUUACACUUCACUGAUACAUAGCAUGUGUAAAGCCGGAAAUAUGAACAGGGCUAUAGAGUUUCUUGAUCAGAUGCGUGUGAGAGGGCUUUGCCCGAACGAGCGUACUUACACGACAUUGGUUGAUGGGUUUUCACAAAAGGGGUAUAUGAAUGAAGCUUACAGGGUUUUGAAAGAGAUGACUGAUCAUGGGUUUUCUCCGUCGAUUGUGACUUAUAACGCUCUGAUCAACGGACAUUGUGUUGCUGGGAAGAUGGAAGAUGCGAUUACAGUUUUCGAUGAUAUGAAGGAGAAAGGUUUGGCUCCAGAUGUAGUGAGCUACAGCACGGUGUUAUCUGGUUUCUGUAGAAGCUACGAUGUAGAUGAAGCGCUUAGAGUCAAGAGGGAGAUGGUUGAGAAAGGUAUUCAACCCGAUACAAUCACCUACUCAUCACUGAUACAAGGGUUUUGUGAGCAGAGAAGGACAAAGGAAGCUUGUGAUCUUUUCGACGAAAUGCUGAAUCUUGGACUUGCACCUGAUGAGUUUACAUACACAGCCUUGAUCAAUGCUCAUUGUGCAGAAGGAGGGUUGGAGAAAGCUCUAAACUUGCACAACGAAAUGGUAGAGAAAGGGUUAUUGCCUGAUGUUGUCACUUAUAGCGUUCUUAUCAACGGGCUUAACAAGCAAGCUCGAACAAGAGAAGCGAAAAGACUUUUGCUCAAGCUGUUCUACGAUGAAACAGUCCCUAGCGAUGUCACGUACCAAACACUCAUAGAGAAUUGCAGUAACAUCGAGUUCAAGAGCGUGGUAUCUCUCAUUAAAGGGUUCUGUAUGAAAGGGAUGAUGAUUGAAGCUGAUAGAGUUUUCGAGUCUAUGCUUGAGAAAAACCAUAAACCCGAUGGUACUGCGUAUAACGUUAUGAUCCAUGGUCAUUGCAGAGGAGGAGAUGUUUACAAAGCGUAUAGUCUAUACAAAGAGAUGGUGAGAUCCGGGUUUCUUCUGCAUACCGUGACGGUUAUUGCUCUGGUUAAAGCGUUGCACAAGGAAGAUAUGGUUGGUGAAUUGAAUUGCGUUAUUGAAAAUGUGUUGAGAAGCUGUGAGUUGAGUGAAGCAGAGCAAGCUAAAGUGCUUGUGGAAAUCAAUCAUAGAGAAGGGAAUAUGGAUUUGGUUCUUAAUUUGCUUGCUGAAAUGGCUAAAGAUGGGUUCCUUCCGAAUAGUAGAAUUUAA